CGGGGUCCUGACACUGGCACUCACAUUUUCAAGAUGGCAGCUUCCAUCUCAGGAUUAUUAAAACCUUGGACACCAAGAGUGUUCCUGGUGAGAUGGAGCAGAUACAACCCUUACUAUCUUGAGCCGGAGGUCAGGAAGGAGGCCUACAACAAACCAGAGGCAGAGCUGAGCGCCGAGGAGAAGGACCAGCGGGAACUCAAAUCGCUCCGACCCAUCAAGGCAGCGACCAAUGAUGUCACCAGCUCUGUGUUCAACGACCCCGUCAUCAGUAAAUUCGUCGGCAUGAUGAUGUUAGAUGGAAACAAGAUUUUGGCCAAUGAGAUCAUAUCAAUGACGCUGGAGAACAUUAAGAGGAAACAGGUGGAUAAAUACCACAAAGCUCCUGAGGGGAAGAAGGAAGAAAUCGAGUGUAACCCCUACGCCAUUUUUCACCAGGCUCUGGAGAACUGUAAGCCUGUCGUUGGGCUGGCCAACAUUCAGAAAGGCGGGAAGUACUACCAGGUGCCAAUCCCUCUUUCUGAUAAUCGGCGUCGCCACCUUGCCAUGAAAUGGAUAAUCACAGAGUGCAGGGAAAGCAAACACCGACGCACGCUCAUGUAUGAAAAACUGUCCCAGGAGCUGCUGGCGGCGUCCGUGAGGGAGGGGAACGUCAUCAAGAAGAAGCUGGAGAUGCACAAGAUGGCCGAGGCCAACAGAGCCUACGCUCACUACCGCUGGGCUUAGAAAGGAGCUUUAAAGACUGAAAUGUUUCUUCUGACUGAGACUGGACACACGUGUGGAGGAUUCAGUGACACAUCAUGUCGAUUCUGUAAAUAGUGAACAAUGUGAAAAUCCUUUGGUAAAGAAGUGCUGUAAGAAAAACAGUGCAGUAUAAAGGGGAACAUGGUAACAACUUUUGUAUUGAGAAAUGGAAUUGUGUACAAUCGUGCUCUGUUGUACUGUUAAUUAACACAAAACACACAAUUAAGGAAAACUUCAAGAUUUAUUUGAACAAAUAACUUGAAAUGUACAACCCAGCCAUCAAAAAUGGGAUUGAGUAAUGUAAACAUUUUGCAACAGCGUAAUAAAAAUAUAUCAACAGA